AUGGCCGACCUCUCCACCUGCCCGCCCCUGACCCGGGCGUCGGUCGUUGAAGCCCACAAACUCGUCAAGCCGCACGUUCACUACACCCCUGUUCUCACCAACAAGACCCUCACGGCGCUGGCCUCGACGCCCCGGAACGUGGAGGACCUCAAGGGCACCAAGUGGGAAGGGCGCACGCCGGCGAAGCCCGUGCUCCGGUUAUGGUUCAAGUGUGAGAACCUGCAGCGCAUCGGCGCGUUCAAGGUUCGCGGCGCAUUUCAUGCAGUCGAGAGGCUGAAGCAGGAACCGGGCUGGCUUGAGAAUGGUGGCAAGGAAAAGGGCGUUGUCACGCACAGCUCAGGAAACCAUGCCCAAGCCCUCGCACUUGCGGCCAAGGAAAGCGGUAUACCGGCCCACAUUGUUAUGCCGAAUAUCUCCCCACCCAACAAGAUCGCUGCAACGCGUGGGUACGGCGCCAAUGUCGUCUUCAGCGGCAGCACCUCGGUUGAGCGUGAGGCCGUUGCCGACAGUGUCAUCGCCGAGACGGGCGCUCGGCUCGUCCCGCCCUACGAUCACCCGGACAUCAUGCUUGGCCAGGGCACCAUGGGCCUCGAGCUGCAGGAGCAGGUGCGCGAUCUCAUGGCUGCGGGGCAUUCCGCCGCAAACCCGACGUUCAACUCGACGGGUCUGCCUUUGUCCGACAGCAAGUCAGGAAUCAAGGGGUUGAAUGCCAUCAUGACGCCGUGCGGAGGCGGGGGUAUGCUCUCCGGCGUCGCGCUCAGCUGCGAGGGCACGGGGAUCAGGGUGUUCGGCGCGGAACCCGAGUUCGAGGGCGCCGAUGACUGUAAGCGCGGCUUUGAGGCCGGGAAGCGGGUUGAGAGCGUGAAGACCCUGACCAUCGCUGACGGCCUGCGGACGCCGGUGGGAAAGCACCCAUGGAGCGUCAUCUACGAGCGCCGGCUGGUGGAGAACAUGUUUAGUGUGUCCGAGGAGGAGAUCAAGGCGGCGACGAAGUUGGUGUUUGAGCGCUUCAAGCUGGUCGUCGAGCCAAGCGGCGCCGUGCCCUUGGCUGUGGCGCUGUUCAACGAGGACUUCAGGGCCAUGGUGGAGAGGGAGGCAGGCGAGGAGGGGUGGGACCUAGGGUUGGUAUUUAGUGGUGGGAAUGUUGCGAUUGAGGGGCUGCUGAAGAUAUUUGCGGCAUGA